CAUGGCGGAGGGAGGCGAGGGCGAGGAGCUGCUGCGGCCGCCGCUGCCCUCGGCGGGCACCCCGGGCCCCAAGCGCCUGUGCUCGCGGGUGGCGGCGCUGCCCCGCUCGGGGGGCGGCCCGGGGGGCCCGGCGGCGGCGGCGGCCGAAGGCGGCGGCGGGGCGCGGGGGUGCUGCCCCCCCGGCGGGCCGGGGCCGGGCUCCGGCUGCGGGCCGGCGGGGCCGCAUCUGCCCCUGCUGCAGCCCGAGUCGCUGCUGGACGCGGCGGCCAAGCGGGUGGCGGGCAGCUGGGCCUUCGAGCGGGUGGAGGGCCGCUUCCAGCGCAUCCCGGAGCCCGUGCAGCGCCGCAUCGUCUACUGGAGCUUCCCGCGCAACGAGCGCCAGAUCUGCAUGUACUCCAGCUUCCAGCCCGGGCGCGGCGGCGGCGGCGGCGGCGGGGCAGUCGGCGUCGGAGCCGGCGGGGCGGCGGGCGGCGGGCCGGGCCUGGGGGCCGGCGGAGAGGACAGCCCGGCCGCCGCCCCCGGCGCGGCCGCCCCCUCGGGCGCGCCCCCUCCGCCGGCUCCGGCCGCCGUCACUGAGGGGCUCCCCUUCCGCCGAGGCAUCCGCCUGCUGGAGACGGGCGCCGUGGACAACGUGCUCCAAGUGGGAUUUCACCUGAGUGGCACCGUAACUGAGCCUGCUACUGCAACAGAACCAGAAAUGACCUACAAAGUGGCCAUUAGCUUUGACCGGUGCAAAAUCACUUCUGUGACGUGUGGUUGUGGGAACAAAGACAUUUUUUACUGCGCUCAUGUUGUGGCACUCUCGCUGUACAGGAUUCGCAAGCCUGAUCAGGUCAAACUCCGUCUUCCUAUCUCAGAGACCCUUUUCCAAAUGAACAGGGACCAGCUCCAAAAGUUUGUUCAGUAUUUGAUCACAGCCCACCACACGGAAGUACUCCCGACAGCCCAGAAACUGGCUGAUGAAAUCCUGUCCUCCAACUCUGAAAUCAAUCAAGUGCACGGUGCACCAGAUCCCACGGCAGGGGCUAGCAUUGAUGACGAGAAUUGCUGGCAUUUGGACGAGGAACAAGUGCGAGAGCAGGUGAAGCUGUUCCUCUCCCAAGGAGGGUACUAUGGCUCUGGGAAGCAACUCAAUUCCAUGUUUGCUAAGGUCCGUGAAAUGCUGCGCAUGAGGGAUUCCAAUGGAGCCAGGAUGCUGACUCUAAUAACUGAACAGUUUAUGGCAGACCCACGGCUUGCUCUCUGGAGGCAGCAGGGGACAGGCAUGACAGACAAAUGCCGGCAGCUAUGGGAUGAGCUGGGAGCCUUGUGGGUAUGCGUUGUGUUAAAUCCUCACUGCACACUAGAAGAGAAGGCCUGCUGGCUUCGACAGCUCCGGAAAUGGGGCGAUAUGGAUGUUUGCCCGUUGGAAGAUGGGAAUUACGGCAAUGAACUUCCCAACAUCACCAGUGCACUUACGCAGAGCUCCAGCCAUCGGCAAGACUCCUUAUCAAGGCCAAGACGCACCGUGUUCACUCGUGCCAUCGAAGGCUGUGACCUGCACUGGCAGGAUAGCCACCUUCAGCGAAUAAUCAGCAGUGACUUCUACAUCUCUCCUUCUUUCCAAAGGGAAGGCGAGGGCCUUCUCUUCAACUCGCAAGGACAGCCAUUAUGGCUGGAACAUGUUCCUACAGCCUGUGCCCGGGUUGAUGCUCUUCGAUCCCAUGGAUACCCUAAGGAAGCACUCCGUCUGACUGUGGCUAUAAUCAACACCUUGAGAUUGCAGCAGCAGAGGCAACUUGAGAUAUACAAGCAUCAAAAGAAAGAACUGCUGCAGAGAGGAACCACCACCAUCACAAAUCUGGAAAGCUGGGUGGGGCAUCCCCUCAACCCCAUUGGCUGCCUGUUUCUCACUUUGACAGAAGCGUGUCGAGUAGAAGACAAAAACUGUCUUGAAAUCUCAGAUGCUGGGGAUUCCAAGCCUCCAGUGUAUCAGCAUGUGCCUGUGGCCAACAGUUGCCCUGAGGGUGAAGAAUCCUACCUCUCCCUGGCUUUGGAAGUGGCGCUGAUGGGGAUGGGGCAGCAGCGGGUGAUGCCGGAGGGCCUUUACGCUCAAGACAAAGUGUGGCGCAACGAGGAACAGAUCAUUGCCCGCCUGCAGGAGCUGGAGCUGGAUGCUGUGUUGGUGCAGACACUGCGCAAACAGUGUAUCCUGCUUCUGGAAGGUGGGCCCUUCAGUGGCCUGGGUGAGGUGAUCCACCGUGAAAGUGUGCCGAUGCACACCUUUGCCAAGUACUUGUUUUCUGCCUUGCUGCCGCAUGAUGCUGACCUGGCCUACAAGCUGGCCCUGCGCUCCAUGAGAUUGCCAGUUUUAGAGACUACUGCUUCUGGUGACGUCACCCACCCUCACCAUAUUGUUUCAGUGGUACCUAGCAGGUACCCACGCUGGUUUACUCUGGGACACUUGGAAUCACAACAGUGUGAACUUGCUUCUACUAUGCUGACAGCAGCCAAAGGAGACAUGCUGCGUCUGCGCACUGUCCUGGAAGCAAUACAGAAGAACAUCCAUUCUUCCUCUCUGAUCUUCAAGCUAGCACAGGAUGCUUUCAAGAUCGCCACUCCUGCUGACAACAGUUCUGACACUACCCUGCUCAAUGUAGCCUUGGAGCUAGGGCUGCAGGUGAUGCGCAUGACCCUAUCAACUUUGAACUGGAGACGGAGGGAGAUGGUGCGAUGGCUGGUGACCUGUGCUACUGAAGUGGGCGUACGGGCUCUGGUCAGCAUCUUGCAGAGCUGGUACACACUCUUCACCCCCACUGAAGCUACCAGCAUAGUGGCGGCAACUGUGAUGUCCCACAACACCAUACUGCGCCUCAGCCUGGACUACCCGCAGCGAGAAGAGCUGGCCAGCUGCGCUCGCACUUUGGCCCUGCAGUGUGCCAUGAAGGACCCCCAGAACUGCGCCCUCUCUGCCUUGACUCUGUGCGAGAAGGAUCACAUUGCCUUUGAGACCGCUUACCAAAUCGUUAUAGACGCCGCUUCCACAGGCAUGACUUACUCGCAGCUCUUCACCAUUGCACGGUACAUGGAGCAUCGCGGCUACCCCCUCCGGGCCUUCAAGCUGGCCUCCCUCGCCAUGACCCACCUCAACCUCGCCUAUAAUCAGGACACACACCCUGCCAUCAACGAUGUGCUUUGGGCCUGUGCGCUCAGCCACUCCCUGGGAAAGAAUGAGCUGGCAGCCAUCAUCCCAUUGGUGGUGAAGAGUGUGCACUGUGCCACUGUGCUGUCUGACAUUCUGCGGCGCUGCACCAUGACUGCGCCAGGCCUUGCUGGCAUUCCUGGCCGCAGGAACUCUGGGAAACUGAUGUCAACGGACAAAGCGCCUUUGCGCCAGCUGCUGGAUGCAACAAUAAGCGCUUACAUCAACACCACACACUCCCGGCUCACCCACAUCAGCCCCCGGCAUUAUGGAGAGUUCAUAGAGUUUCUCAGCAAAGCCCGGGAGACUUUCUUGCUGGCCCAGGAUGGCCACAUUCAGUUUGCGCAAUUUAUAGACAACCUCAAGCAGAUCUACAAGGGCAAGAAGAAGCUCAUGUUGCUGGUAAGGGAGCGAUUUGGAUGA